AAAAGGAUCAUCAUUAUCUACUUUCUAGACGCCAAGUCACACUCGUUUACCCACUUGAAUGUGGCAAUAGCGUAAUUAAUCAUAAAACUAGGGUCCAUCUACUACUUACCUCCCACGCCGCGUCCUCCCUCCACUUUUCUUCACGUCUGCCUCUUUCCUCGUCGUCUCUCUCUCACUUGAAGAUGGGAAACGCCAACGGAAGAGAAGACGACGCCGUAUCAAUCAUCGACGCAGAUGCCACCUCAUCUUCAGCCGGCGAUCGUUCCUCACGCACUCGUCGUGCUUCCUCAGACUCUAUGAGCAGUUCUCCUCCCGCAAGCCCCGCUCGAUCUCCUUCUCCUUUCUUAUUCGCUCCUCAGGUUCCAGUGGCUCCAUUGCAGAGGGCAAACGCCCCUCCUUCGCCCAAUAAAAUCCAAUGGAACCAAUCUCAAAGAGUUUUUGAUGUUCCCACAGAGCAAGGAAUCCCUAUUAUCAUUACAUGGAACCAGGGAGGUAAUAAUGUGGCCGUGGAAGGAUCAUGGGACAACUGGAGAUCAAGGAAGAAGCUGGAAAAAUCUGGAAAAGACCACUCAAUUCUCCUUGUCCUCCCAUCUGGCAUAUACCACUACAAGGUGAUCGUCGAUGGUGAAUGCAAAUUCAUCCCAGAUUUACCCUCUGUCUCAGACGAAAUGGGCAAUGUCUAUAACAUUCUCGACGUUCAUAACUUUGUGCCAGAAAACCCAGAAAGCAUAGCGGAGUUUGCGGCGCCACCGUCACCUGAUCAUAGCUACGGACAAGCCCUCCCAACUGCAGCGGAUUACACAAAAGAGCCACUCGCUGUGCCACCUCAGCUUCGUCUAACACUUGUUGACACUAGUGAAGAAACAGGCAAAGCCACAAAGCCUCAGCAUGUGGUGCUUAACCAUGUGUUCAUAGAGAAAGGAUGGAGUCCUCAACCCAUUGUAGCUUUGGGUUUAACACACAGGUUCGAGUCUAAGUACAUAACUGUUGUCCUCUACAAACCGCUCAGACGGUAA